GCGGCAGCUUCCCUAAUUAGCCUGGAGACGCUCCGGACCCACAAGGUUAUAAAAGACCAACUUUUACUUUCAUUCAAAUACGCACUGCCCACACCGGCGCCCACUCCCUCCGGUGCGCUGGCCGCCGGCUUCGCUUGGCGGAUCCGGAGUCCCAGGCCCAGGUGACCCGCGAAGGCCCAGUGAGCUGGACAUGAUUUCCACGAGGAUGAUGGACUUUAAGCUUCGGGAGGCCGCAGAAGGCCUUGGGGAAGACAGCACAGGAAAGAAAAAAUCCAAAUUCAAAACAUUUAAGAAGUUCUUCGGGAAGAAGAAGAGAAAGGAAUCCCCUUCAUCCACAGGAAGUAGCACCUGGAAGCAAAGUCAGGCGAAGAGUGAGGUCAUGGCCGUCGAGUCAGGGCCAGUGGGCUAUGACUCAGAGGAUGAGCUUGAGGAGUCAAGGGGCUCACUGGGCAGCCGGGCCCUCUCGCAUGACAGUAUUUUCAUUCCCGAGUCGGGCCAGGACCCUUCACGGCCAGUGCGGGUGUUCUCCCAGGAAAAUGUGUGUGACCGGAUUAAGGCUCUGCAGUUAAAAAUACAGUGUAAUGUGAAAAUGGGACCACCACCUCCAGGAGGCCUUCCUGCCAAGCGGGGAGAUGAUGCCGGCAUGAGUUCUGAGGAUGAUGGUCUGCCCAGGAGCCCCCCAGAGAUGUCCCUGCUGCAUGACAUUGGUCCCGGCACCACCAUAAAGGUCUCUUUAGUUUCCUCGUCCCGGCCGCCAUCUCCAGACCAGCUCUCCUCCAGGCACUUGAAUGACGCCCCCGUCUUCCCCCGGACCUUGGACAGCAGUGUGGCACCCGUGGCUGAUUUCAGUUAUCCCCCAGAAUUCUCCUCCUGCCUGGACAACUCUGCAGCUAAGCACAAGCUCCUGGUUAAGCCCCGCAACCAGCGGUCGAGCAAAAUGAGGCGGCUGUCUUCGCGGGCACAGUCUGAAUCCCUGAGCGACCUGACCUGUACCCCAGAGGAGGAAGAAUAUGACGAGAAGCCAUCACCCACAGUCAGCUCGGAAGACAAGCCCACUGCUGGACAACAAGACAUGGUCCUGGACAGAGGCCCUGAGCCCGGCGGACCGGCCACCAUGCUGCCACCUGGGUGUCCCCGCGUGAGACGGGCGCGCCUACAGCACUGCCCGGCGCUCAGUGCCAGCGCCGAGGAGGAGAGCACCCCAGGGGACAAUCCCUCGAGCCGCCCGACCACCCCAGAGGUCACGGAGCUUGAGUCAAGCCCAGCCCCCUGCUUAGAGUCCCCAUUUCUGCCAGAAGGCUCCCUGCACCCUGACCCCGACAGCGAAAAUCAGAGGGAGGAGCUGUCCCUCGCAAGCACAUGUCCCCCAGCGAGGGACAUAGCUGAUGAGGUAGUUUGUGCUUCUGGAGACACUGAGAGUCAGUUAUCUCCCCACAUCCCUGGGGAAGACAUGACACCUCCUGGGCCCAGCCCUGACACCCCCGUGGAGAUGCCCUCUGGUCCAGACAGGCCAGACCACAAUGAGCAGAAGGAGAUGGAGCUGACGCUGGCAGUGCCCAGUCUUGAGGGAGAGGGGACAGAAUGUUCCAAGGCUCCUGCCCCAAGCCUCCCAGCCCCCAAAAGCUGCUUGAAGCACAAGGCCCUGGUGGCCAGCAAGAGCCUCAGCGUGUCCCCCACUUCGCCCACCUCGGAGUCACCUCCAGAGGAACCCACCCCCUGUGGCCUGGACAAGGAUACCACCCCACUGGAGCCUUCCAGGGCUGAGCUGGCUGAGUCCCCACAAGAGGUACCCGAGAAGGUAGUACGGGAGCAGAAAAUCGCAAGAGGCGGUGGGGAGCCUCGGAGUGUGAAGAAGUUCUCCGUGUCCUCUGGCCGGGCGUGGCCACGCACAGGCCACAGAGAACGGCUGGGACACCCUGGCCCUUUGGGCCCUGCUGCUGCCCCCUCCGCUAUCCGGCUUCCCCUGCUGAAAAGCAGCGUGGCCUGGAGGAGCGAGGCCACCCUCGAUGACCUCCAGGUACCUCCUGUGCCCCAGAACCGAAAACUAGACCCUCAGGAGCCACCCUCACCAGCUGAGUGUGGCUCUCAGGACCUUGGGGACAGGGUGGCCAGCCAGGCUGGGCCGGGCCGGAGCCCCCAGGAUGCAGAGAAUAUGCCAGCCACCAGCGACUCCCGCCCCGCUGCCCAGGAGCCACCCACCUGUGGGGACAGAAGCCCCUUCCCUGUCAAGCUCCGGUCCACAUCUUUGUCUUUCAAACAUAGAGAUGUGUCCUCCCCAGAAAUGAAAGGAAUCAAGAGGUACAGUGCUGAGGUCAGGCUAGAAAAGGGAGGACUGACUCUGCUUUCAAAAGAGGACAAGUGUCCCAUAGGGAAGGCCCCCACUACUCGGGGGGCCAGGUCCCCAAAUGACCAGGAGAAGGGGAAGGCCCGGUCAUCGGAGCAGCUCGGCUCCAAGCCACCCCUGCCCAGGAAGCCACUUCUGCAGGCCCUCACCCUCCCGUACCCGCCAGCGUCCACUGAUGACAGCCCCGGAGAGCUGGACAAAGCCGUGCUGCCCUCAGGCCCCAGAAAGGAGAGUCGGACGGCGGAGAAAAGGUUGCCCCGCCAGGGAGCUGAUAAGAGUCUGCCUCCCUCAGCAACGGGGCCUGGAGCUGAGGGCCAGCCUGGGCCACCCUGGAUCGCCGUCACUCGGCAGAAGCGGCGAGGGGCCCCAGAGCAGCCAGCCAACCAGCAGGACAAGCCUGGCGCCCAGACCCUGAAGUCUGAAACAGGAAAGCAAGCGAAGGUGCUGGAGAGAGCUCAGGAGCCCAUGAAGCAAGCCGACUUUGUCCGCAGCAAGUCUUUCCUGAUGGCCCCAGCUAAGCCCACUGUGGACCGGAGACAGGGGACAAAGCUGUGCCUCCAGGAGGGGCUGCAAAGAGGGAUCUCCUUGUCCCAUCAGAACUUGGCAGCUCAGUCUGCAGUGAUGACGGAGAAAGAAUUGCAUCAGCUGAAGAGAGCCAGUUAUGCCAGUGCAGACCAGCCAUCCUGGAUGGAACUUGCCAGAAAGAAAUCUCAAGCUUGGAGUGACAUGCCCCAAAUUAUAAAAUAGGUUGACAGCGUGUUGAUUAAAAAAAAAAAA